AAAACCCAUUACCAAGAACUUGUUCAUCAUUUCACAUUUCACAGAAAUAUAGUGUCACUUGCAAAUCAAAGCCACUCUCACUCAAGAAUAAAAAAAUGGCAGUUAGGAGGAUUGAGAUUGUGCUAGCUUUGGUCCUUGUAGUGGCUCUGCGGGAAGGCACUGUUGAUGCUCAAUCAAGCUGCACCAAUGUGAUCAUCAGCAUGUCCCCAUGCCUUGAUUACGUAACAGGAAACUCAUCAACCCCAUCUUCCUCAUGUUGCUCACAAUUAGCUAAUGUGGUCAGCUCACAGCCAAAGUGCCUCUGUGAGGUUCUUAAUGGAGGCUCCUCUUCCGUUGGUGUGAACAUCAAUCAGACUCAGGCAUUGACCCUCCCCUCUGCUUGCAAAGUCCAAACACCCCCGAUUAGCCGAUGCAGCGGGUCAUCUCCACCAGGUUCUCCCUCAGGAACACCAACUUCUCCUUCAGGGAGUGAAUCUAAAACUGUACCAUCACCAUCAGAUGGAAAUUCUAACAAGAUGGCAUUUCCUCUGCUGUUCUUCUUGCUCUUCAUUGCAUCAUAUGCUUCAACUUCCACAGCCAACUAAGCUCCUCUUCCAUGAAUGUUUAUGUAGCAAGACUCAUGGGACUAUAUAGUAUAGGGUGCCAUAAACCUUUUUUUUUUUUUUUUUUUUUUUUUU